UUUUUUUUUUUUAUUUCUGCGGGGCCCACAUUUAAUUGUUACGCGGGUUUUUCCAACCCCCUUUCAUCCCAAACGUCGCCCAAGUAUUCCAAAGUAGAGAAUUCAUCUGAAAUCAUCCAAACUUCAAGAUUGAAUCGCCGACUAGCAGGAGAAGCCCGGCUCUGGGAAGAAGAAGGAAACAACGAAGAAGAAGAGGAUUUCCAGUAUGGCGCGUCGUGUUAACUUUGUUUUCAACUUUUGGGGUAUAUGGAAAAAGGAUGAAGUUUCUGGUGAUUUGAUUCACGAUGGUUAUAAUUCUGCUGAGUUUGAGGAAACUAUUGAUAAUAUGACUUUUGAUCGAAUUAACGAAGAAUAUGAGAAGAUAUAUGGGAGUAAACCUAAGAAAAUUUAUGCGUGUGAUGAGGACUAUAAGUUAGAGCUUGGGCUAGUUCACCUUAGGGAUUCUAGGCACUGUCAUAAGGUGUUAGAUUACUUUGAGUUAGUUGGCCAAGAGGAGAUACUACUAUUUGCUGACCAUGACCGAGAUCCUAUGCCUUCUAUCACUCCAUUUGCCUUGUUCCCGGAUGAUAGUGAUAAUGAGGCAGUAGAUGGGGCAGGGGCAGAACCAACUGGGGUGGAAGGGGCAGAACCAACUGGGGUGGAAGGGGCAGAGCCAGGUAGUGUAGUUGAACAAGAGGCAGAGAGGGAGGUUAGGCUUGGAGAGGAGGGUAAUGAUCAUGAGGGAGAUGAGGCAGAGACUGAGAUUAGUCAUGAGAGAGAAGAGGCAGAGAGUGAGCAUGAUGAGAGAGAUUCUGAUGAUUCCAGUGUGUUUAGUCAGGAAUCAUCAGAUAGUGAGGAAGAAACUAAGGGGGUGUGAUGGUUGGGUCUGUACAAGAUGGGGAGGAUGGUAGUUUUGCUUUGGGCAUGGCAUGACUUUUGCAAAUGCCCAGGAUGCUAGGGAUGCUAUACAUGCAUAUGGGGUGAAGUUUGGGUACAAAUUGAAGUUCCUUAAAAAUGAACCUAAGAGAAUAAGAGUUGUUUGUAUGAAUGAAGCACAAUGUCCAUUUGUUAUUCAUGUGUCUAAUGAUGGUGAUGUAGAAGGGUUAGUUGUGAAGACCUUAGUGGUUGAUCAUACAUGUAACAAGUAGAGGGAAGUUCCAAGUGCCAGUCAAGGUUAUCUUGCUAAGUAUUUUAAGAAUGCUGUAUAUAGAAACCCAAAGUUCACUAGUAAAGAUAUGCAAGGCCAUGUAAAGGAGCAUCUUAAGUUGCAUGUGAGUCUUCACAAGUGUAAGAGGGCUAAGAAAGACAUCAUAACUAACCUUGAGGGCAGCUACAAGGAAGAAUUCAAUAGGCUUUGUGCAUAUAUUGAAAAGGUUAAGGAAGUCAUGCCCGGUACAAAAAUGGAGCUUGGUUUGUCUGUUGAACAGUUAGAGAGCAACAAAAGAGUCUUCAAGAAGUUGUUUGUUAUGUUGGAGCCAUUGAAACAGAACUGGUUGGGAGGGUGUAGGAAGUUGAUUUGUCUUGAUGGAUGCCAUCUAAAGGGGGUCACCUUUGGCUGCCUUUUGACAGCAGUGGGAAAGGAUGGCAAUGAUGGGAUAUUGCCUAUAGCUUGGGCUGUUGUAAACAAGGAAAACAAAAGUAACUGGACAUGGUUUGUGAGACAUCUAAAGCAAGAUUUACAGCUUGAGGGAGGAGAGAACAUCACCAUAAUCUCAGAUAUGCAGAAGGGUUUGAUGGAAGCUGUGAAAGACAUAAUUCCAUAUGCUGAGCACCGGUGGUGUGCAAGGCAUAUAUAUGCCAACUGGGCUAAGAAGUGGAGAGGAGAGGAGAUGAAGAAGAGAUUUUGGAUUGCAGCAUGGAGUAGCUUUGAUGAAGAGUUCAAACUGAACAUGGCCAAACUGAGGAGCAUAAACAAGAAGGCCCAUGAUGAGCUUCUACACUACCCUCCUGCUCACUGGUCCAGGGCAUAUCAAAGCACCAGAUGCUCUACAAACAUGGUAGAUAACAAUUGCUCUGAGUCUUUUAAUUCUAGCAUAAGUGAUGCAAGACACAAACCUAUUAUCAGCAUGCUAGAGGAUAUUAGGUUGCUUGCCAUGAAGAGAAUUAGGGAGAGGAAAACUGGAUUGGAUAGUUGGAAGAGUGUCUGGUCCCCAUCUGCAAUGAAAACAUUUGAAGCAAAUAAGAGUGACUCAGUGUACUGUAAUGUGGUGUGGAAUGGUGAGUAUGGGUAUGAGGUGACUGAUGGAUUGGAUAGACACAUAGUGUUUAUUGAUACAAAGACUUGCACCUGUAGGGGUUGGGACUUGACUGGAAUCCCAUGUUCACAUGCCAUCGCUUCUUUUUUUUCAAGCUCACUGGAUCCACUUCUUUCCAUUAGUGAGUGUUACCACAGGGACACAUAUGCCAAAACAUAUGAACACUUGAUCCAACCACUGCCCGGUGUGAAGUUUUGGAAUGUGAAAGCUCAAGAUGCCAUAGAACCACCCCAAGUGGAAAAGAAGAUAGGACGGCCUAAGAAGAACAGAGUGAGAGCAGCUCACGAGCCAAAGAAGAAGCACAAGUUGUCAAGAGUGGGGAAAAAACAACACUGCACCCUCUGUAGGAGUGCAACCCACAAGAAAAUGACAUGUCCACUGAACCCUACUAAGGUGAACAAAGAAGCAGAGUGUUCCACCUCAACUAAAGCUAAAGGAAAAGCACCAGUAGGACUCGGACUAUAUGUCAAUGAAGAAACAGGAAAACAAAUUCUAAAUCCCGGAGGAUCACAGUCUUUAGUCAUAAAUGAGGGGACUCCAAGAGAAUCAGAACCAAAUGUCAGAUUUGCUAUCCCCAAUGAGAGAGAGCUCAGAUUGCAAAAGAGAAUGGAGAAGAGGAAGAGCAGUCCACCAACCACAUCAGUUGGUCCUUCCUCGAAGAUCAAGAAGACAGGAACAAAGCCUUUUAAGGCUCCAAGAGACAAAACACAGGAACAACACCAAGAACCAGUGCUUAGAAGGUCUCCUAGGAGACUAAAUGUGGUGUCAACUGCAGGAUCAACAACCCACAGUUGAUAUCACCUUUGUCAUCUUGUUAAGAAGUACUUUAAAACUGAUUUUAUGUGUUUUCAUUUGUUUUGAGUGGUUAUAAUGGUUUGGAUAUUAGCUUUUGCAGCCAUCACUCACUUGAAAACUGGCAUUUUGCCCAUGACUUGUGAAUUUAAUGAUAUGUUUUAUGUUAUACUUGUUCAA